AGUCUAAGAAUGAAGGUAUUUGUUGUAGUUUUGUUGGCUGCGCUCGCUUUGGGCGCUCAGGGUGCUAACCUUGAUAAGCUGAUCAAGUUCGUGCCCAGCUUUGCCACCGGCUUUGUCAUCAAUGGCACCGAGGCCGAUGCUCAUGGUGCACCCUACAUUGUCUCGUUGGGCGCCAAGUUCGACAAGCACUCGCACAGCUGCGGCGGCACCAUCAUCAACAAGCACUGGAUUCUGACUGCCGCCCAUUGCAUCUCCAACCCUGUGGGCAUGAGCGCCAUCAGUGGCCUGCACAAGCGCGCCGAGGUCGAUGAGAAGACCCAGCACCGCCGUGUGGACUUUGGACGCAUUCAUGAGCAAUACACUGGCGGCGUUGGUCCCUUCGAUAUUGCCCUGUUGCACGUCAGCGAGCCCUUCAUCUUCAACGAGUGGGUCAGCGCUGCUACCCUGCCCGCCCCUGCUGAGGUUCAUGAGGGUGAGAGCCAUCUGUAUGGCUGGGGUCAACCCAAAUCCUAUGUGCUUACGCCCGCCAAGACUCUGAUGACCAUCACCACCGAACUGAUCAACUACGAGGAAUGCAAGGCGGCUUUGCCCGAGGACGCUCCUCUAGCUCCCACCAACAUUUGCUCUUCCGCCCUCGAGCAGAGCCGAUCUGCCUGCAAUGGUGACUCCGGCGGCCCUCUGGUUGUCGAGCACGCCGAUGCUGCCUCUGAGAUCGUUGGUGUUGUUUCCUGGGGCUACAUUCCCUGCGGUUUGGGCAACAAGCCCUCUGUCUACACCAAGGUCGCCUCCUACAUUGAAUGGAUCAACAAGAUCCAGAGCGCAUACUACGCACUCUACUAAACUUAAUCAUUUUUGCAUGCAAAAAAAACACUUG